CCAGAUUGAAGCAGGUGUACAACAUGGCGAUCACAGGCAACGGAUCUCUCGCUACACUUCUCUUUUUGUUCGUGAUUCCAGCAGCUCUUCACAAAGGAGCUGCUCAGUACCCAGUCCAGAGUCAGAACCUGGUGACAGACAAUGUGGAGGUGAUGGAGGGUGACGUGGCCGUCAUCAGCUGCAGGGUGAAGAACAACGACGAUUCUGUCAUCCAGCUCCUCAACCCCAACAGACAGACCAUCUACUUCAGAGACGUCCGACCCCUGAAAGAUGCUCGCUUCCAGCUGGUAAACUUCUCAGACAAUGAGCUGCGGGUGUCUCUAUCCAAUGUGAGCCUGUCGGAUGAGGGGAGAUACGUGUGCCAGCUCUACACGGACCCCCCACAGGAGGCCUAUGCAGACAUCACUGUGCUGAUCCCUCCAGGCAACCCAAUCAUCGAGUCCCGGGAGGGGCAGGUGAUUGAGGGCAACGAGACAGAGAUGACCUGCACCGCUAUGGGCAGCAAGCCCGCCGCCACAAUCAGAUGGAUGAAGGGAGACAAAGAGCUCCAAGGCAUAUCCAAGGUGGAGGAGACAUAUGACCACAUGUUUACUGUGACCAGCCAGCUGAGGUUCAUCGUCACUAAGGAGGACGACGGCGUGCCCGUGGUGUGCAUCGUGGACCACCCAGCCGUCAAAGACUUCCAAGCCCUGACGUACCUGGUGGUGCAUUAUAAACCGGAGGUGAAGAUCAUAGUGGAGUUUCCUGAUGGGCUGCCAAGGGAGGGACAGAACAUGGAGCUGUCAUGCCAGGCCAAAGGCAAACCCCAUCCCCAGCAGAUCAACUGGGUGAAGGUGGACGAUGACCUUCCCUCACACGCCCUCAUCACCGGCCCGGACCUGUACAUCGAGAACCUCAACAAGACCUACAACGGAACCUACCGCUGCUUCGCUGCAAACUCAGUGGGCGAGUCGUAUGACGACUACAUUCUCUACGUCUAUGAUGCCCCCACCACUACCCCUAUACCCACUACAGCUACCACCACAAUUCCCACCACCAUCUCUCUCCCUGAAGCCACUGCAGAUUCUAGAGCUGGAGAGGGAGCACCGAGAGCGGUCGACCAUGCGGUCAUCGGAGGAGUGGUGGCUGUGGUUGUCUUUGCCAUGCUCUGUCUACUCAUCAUUUUGGGACGGUACUUUGCAAGACACAAAGGUACCUACUUCACGCAUGAAGCUAAAGGAGCCGACGAUGCAGCAGAUGCAGAUACAGCCAUUAUCAACGCAGAGGGGGGCCACAACAAUUCGGACGAGAAAAAGGAGUACUACAUAUAGAAAUCACAGGGCCCCAAUACUGUCCCCUGUAGGACACCAUACUGUCUUUGGGUGAGGGGUGCUUGGGGUUUAAGUAUGGUUGGGUAGGGGGGUAGGAUGGGUUUGUUUUAGUGGUGAUUGCCAGGGAUUGAACAAUGUAUAGUCCAGUCUGUGCAGCUGAAGAGGAACAGUUUUGUGUGUAUUAGGUGGAAAGAUAGGGA